AUGACAGUUGAGGUGAUUCCUACCACGGCGUUUAACGACCAGAAGCCGGGAACGUCUGGUCUCCGUAAGAAGGUGACGGUGUUCCAACAGCCACACUACACCGAGAACUUCAUCCAGGCGAUCAUGGAGUCGAUCCCUGAAGGCUCUGAGGGCGCUACGCUCGUGAUUGGCGGAGACGGCCGUUAUUACAACGACGUUGUGAUCCAGCUGAUUGCGAAGAUUGGCGCAGCCAACGGGGUGAAGAAGCUGAUCAUUGGCCAACACGGGUUGUUGUCCACGCCUGCAACGUCCCAUGUCAUCAGAUCCCAUCCGGAUGACCCAACGGGCGGUAUCAUCUUGACCGCCUCACACAACCCGGGUGGUCCAAAGAACGACAUGGGUAUCAAGUACAACUUGGCCAAUGGUGGUCCAGCGCCUGAGAGCGUUACAAACAAGAUGUUUGCAGCAAGUUUGGCCUUGCAGGAGUACAAGAUCGAGAAGGAUCUACCAGAGGUGUCCUUGAGUGAAUUGGGAACAACUCAGUACGGCUCGUUGACCGUGGAGAUAAUCGACACCACCGAGGCGUACGUUAAGUUCUUGAAAGAGAUCUUUGACUUUGAGCUCAUCAAAAAGUUCAUCAAGGAUCAACAGCCGCUUGGGUUUAAGGUUUUGUUUGACGCAUUGAACGGUAUCACUGGUCCUUACGGUAGGGCAAUCUUUAUCGAUGAAUUGGGAUUGCCAGAGUCAUCCAUCCAAAAUUGCGUUCCAAAACCUGAUUUUGGUGGAUUGCACCCGGAUCCAAACUUGACAUACGCACAUACCUUGGUUGAAAGGGUUGACGCUGAGAACAUUGCAUUUGGUGCUGCUUCCGAUGGUGACGGUGACAGAAACAUGAUUUAUGGUGCAGGCACUUUUGUCUCGCCAGGUGAUUCAGUUGCAAUCAUUGCAGAAUAUGCAGACCAUAUCCCUUACUUCAAGAAGCAAGGUGUGUACGGUCUUGCAAGAUCCAUGCCAACAUCUGCUGCUUUGGAUUUGGUUGCAAAGGACAAGGGUUUGAACUGUUAUGAGGUCCCAACCGGUUGGAAGUUCUUCUGUGCUUUGUUUGAUGCGAAGAAGCUAUCUAUCUGUGGUGAAGAGUCAUUUGGUACAGGCUCAAACCACGUUAGAGAAAAAGAUGGUAUUUGGGCAAUCAUUGCCUGGUUGAACGUCCUUGCUGCUUAUGCAGAAUCACACCCAGGUGAGGAAGUCUCCAUCAAAGUUGUCCAAGAUAAGUUCUGGGAGAAGUAUGGCAGAAUCUUCUUUUCAAGAUUCGACUACGAGAAUGUUGCCAGCGAAGGUGCCAACGAGCUUGUUGAUAAGUUUAGAGAAUUUAUCACCAGCGGCAGCAUCAAGGGCAAGGAAUUCUCUGAAGGUGUAACGUUCACCGAUGGUGGUGAUUUUGAAUAUACCGAUUUGGAUGGAUCUGUGUCAAAGCACCAAGGUUUGUACGCCAAGUUGUCAAAUGGGUUAAGAUUUGUCGUUAGAUUGUCAGGGACCGGCUCAUCAGGUGCCACUGUGAGAUUGUACAUUGAGAAGUACUCUGACGAUGCAAGCUCCUAUGGAUUGAAAACCACGGAAUAUUUGAAAGAUGAGAUUGCACAAGUUGUGAAGUACCUCGGCUUCAAACAAUUCUUGGGAAGAGAAGAUCCAGACGUUAUCACUUGA